AGGAACACCUCCCGGGAACUUCCGCCUUCUACGCCACAGUCAAGAAACUGCAAUCAGACAACAACAAUUGCGCCGGAACAGCGCCGGCUCGGAACGACAACGGAAAGAUAAAGCAGCGAGACUCGAAGGAGUCGAUGGAAACAUGCCAGAGUGUCAGUAAAAUCAUCAGCGACGUAGCCAAGAGAUUCCAUCCAUCGAGGCUCGUCAAGCCCGACGAUGUUCUCGCAAUAAACAACAGCGAUAAACGAUCGGUCAAUCCGCAACCGAUCAACUGUCAGGAAAAUGUCCUGCUGCAAACCACCGAGUCAAGCGUCGUGACUGAUCAAAACGGAUACGUGGCGGGACAAGGACGCGGCAGUAAACGUAAACUAGAAGAUCUGGAAGAUCGGGCGAUGAUCACGGCCAAACUCGAUUUAGCAGCCGACAAUCGGCAGGAUCGCUCGAGAACGACGGAAAGAAUCAAGCCACGUGUCAAGGAUACGCUAACGACUUCGGAUGCUUUCAGUUCAGAUGAAAAGGCUGUCAGGAAUAGGAUCAGAAACGGCAGGGUGCCGACGGAUGGAAAGUCGUUCUGGAAAAGACACGUGUCCACGCCGAAGUACGCGAGUUUCUUAAGAAUGUUUCGCAAGGAGGGGACGGACGAUCGACUUUACCGUAAUUCCUCGUCUCGGAGAAACAAAGGGAAAAAAUCGCAACAUCGAAGAGGGCUUUCUGCGGAAAGGUAUAAUCCUGAGAGAUAAGAUAUAAUGCGGAGGAAAGAAAAAGUUAAAGAAGUUCCGAGGAUUGAAAAGAUUAUCCUUAGCCGAUUUUCUCUUUGAUUAUUAGAUUUGAAAUGUUAAAGAUCUUAAAUUAUGAAGAAAUUGACAAGAAUGUUAGCAUGUACGAUAUGCAGUACUCGCAAAUAAUACAAUGAUCGAACUACCUUCUACAUAAAAUCAAUAAUUUUUUAAAAUUAUUUAAGAUUAUUUAUUUUUUUUAAAGAAUCAUC